AAUACAGCAGGAUUCUUUGUAUCUAAUGCAAGAUUUUCAACUAGAUCUAAAAAUCUUGCAAAUAAUUCAAAAGUAAAAAUAGUAUUAUGUGAUGAUAAUAAUUUAAUAGAUAAGAUCAAAGAAGUACAGAGAUUACAUUCAGAUUCUGAUUCUAAUACUAUUUGUAUUGAAAAUAUAACAACUAAUGAAAAUACAAAAACAGAAAUAUUUGGUAUAAAAUUUGAAGGAAGUAUUAGAAUAAGAAAACUCAUCAGAAAUAAAAUGUUUAAAAUAAAAACUACAGAGUAUCUUGAUGAACUUGAACCAUCUUUGAAAAAGUUGCGUGAUAUCAUAUCUGAUAAAAAAGAAUAUGUAUUUGUUAAAAGAAAUAUGUCUAAAGCAAAAAGAAUUAUAAUUGAUCAAGAUAUUGAUGAAACCCUUCAGAUAGUUGGAUAUGAAUUUCAACCAGAAUUCGAAAAGAGAAUUGAACAAGAAUCUUUCAAAUGUUUGAAGAGAAAAUAUCUAGAAAAUUUUUACAAGAUAGUUAAAAGACAAAAAGUUGAACCAAAAGUUAUCAUUUUAACAGGUGGAAUUAAAGUUGAAAAGACUACAUUUAGAGAAAAAUUUGCAAAAUAUUUAGAAGAUAAAGGAUUAAAAAAAGAAGUAGAAAAGAUAAAUCGAUUAACUGGUUAUGAUUAUGUGAUCUUUGAUCAUACACAUAUUGAUACUGAAGUAUUUACUCAUCAUAAUAUUAAAGAACAAGAUGUUUUAGAUUAUUUACAAGAGAGAAGGUUAGAAAUCGAUCUUAAAAAUAUUCAUAAG